AUGCUUAAGUGUUUCUCGCGCUCUGUGGCGGCAUUGAGCCCGAAACGCACUGCAGCGCGGGAGAAGCGACUUAAAGAUCGCGUCGCAGCGCAGUUGGAGUUGGAGGCACAGGUGAAGGCGCGCGUCGCCUGCUAUCCGCACAGGUCCCUCACACGUCCACCUCUGCGGCUGGAGAGGAAACAGGUGAACACGCCGUUGUUCCAAUCGCAGCUGCUCACCCUAAACAAGAUGGCCACCGACCUNGGCUGGAGAGGAAACAGGUGA